GAGGGCGGAGCUUACCGUAGUCACGUGCUCCGCCUACUGAACGGGACUGGGUAGCUGCGCAGAUACGUGUGGACCGUUACUUCUCCGUUGAAGGCAAGGAGCUGGCGACAAGGUCCUGUGGAGGAGAAACUUGCAAAGUGUGGACAUGGAUCCUCCAAACAUUCUGAAAUUACCAGAGGAGCGUGACUGUAUCAGUCCAUUGGGACUGUUUGAAAAAUUCGGGCUGGAAUCUCUAGUACACACGUCAGAUGAUUCUGACUCUGAUGUACAGUUUGUGUCAGAGUUGGUACCUCCACAUAUCACCCGGAAGAGUAAGAAUUCCACAGAUAGGCGUGUUUCUCAGGAUUUGGAUAAAGCUUCAAUUUACACUAACUUGAUCACCACCAUUAAAAAAAGGCAAGAAGGAAAAUCCUACAGACUUUUGGGAUCAUGUAAUGCAGACUGCAGGAAAACACAGGUAUUAGACGAGCUUGAGAUCCCUGCCGAUAAGCCACAGCAAAGUCCUGAGAAUGUGUAUACAGUUGUUGAUGAAAACCCUCCAAUUAUAUGUGAAGAUGAUUCAGAGUUGUCUGAGCCAUGUUGUGCAGUCCUGCCUAAUGAGAGAGAUGGAAGAGACAACCAGCAGGGGUCAGCUAAGGCACACAGUUCAAAAUUAUGCCCAAGCAAAAAAACAUCUAGAAAGAAACCUUACAGAAAAGAGAAAACCUCAGCAUCCCACAAGCAGGCCUCAGCAGUGUCAAAGGAACAGAUCCGGGCCACAUUCGUACAGGGACUCAGUGAUGCUCUGCUGAACAGGAUCCAAGAGACAGAAAACGCCCAGGAGGAAACUGUGAAAGACCUGGCAAAAACUGUAGAGCAGGAAAUGUUUGACUUGUAUUGUGAUACUGGAAUAAGAUACAAAAAUAAGUACAGAAGUCUGAUCUUCAAUCUGAAAGACACCAAUAAUAAGAUAUUUUUCCAACGUGUUAUAGAGGGUGAGAUCACGCCACAAUGCCUUGUUCAGAUGAGUACUACACAAAUGGCUGGGCCAGAGUUGUCCGACUGGAGAAACCAAGAAAGACGACAUAAUCUAGAGAUCAUUGAGAAAGCUGAGAAGGAUUUCCAGCCCAACAAGCAGAAGAUUAAACUCACACAUAAGGGACUUAUUGAAAUUGAAACACCACUAGAUGAGUUCCUCACUCUGGAAGAUCUGUCUGAUACGUCUUUGAAGGUAAAAGUUCCUCCAGAGGUCAUUGACACCACAUCCCAACACAAGAGUCAUCUGCUGGAUGUAAACUGUGGCAUCUGCAUGGGAAAAAUCAGACCUUCAGAUCACGAAGACAUAAAUCAUUGGACAUCAUGGAAGCAUCAAGAUAAAGAGAAGGAAACCAAUAGUACAGGAAACUUUUAUUCUCACACAGAAAUGAUCACACAGACCAUGAAAGAGGAUUAUUUAAAUGUGGCACCUCAAGAGAUGUCCCUAGCUAUCUGGAAAGGAUUCAUCCAAAUGUUUUCAAUAAGGCAGUUCAAAGUUACAGCCGAUCAAGUGUCCGGUUACAGUACCCACCUUUGCCAGGAAUUGCCAACUGUCAUCACAUCCAAAGGCUUCAUCUGUCCAGAAUCUGUGUGGGAAUUUGUGGAUCUUAUUUGGCCAGCUUCCACUAAGGAUAUGUGUUUGCUCCGCCUAUGUCCAAGGACAGCUAGUGAUGCUGUGUCCUAUAGCCGACUGUUUUCCUACUUGAACCGCAAACUGAGGUAUGGGAUCAUUGGGACCUGUAAAAUGGAGGGCUUUGUUGUUCCACUGCCAGCACGUCAACCAAUCCCUCCACAACUACGACCAUUGGGAGGACCAGGUCUUGCGGAUGACCAUCCCCCUUUGCUGCUGGCUCUUCUUCUUCCAAACCACCCAACAUGGACAUCUGUCCCUAAAAAGGUCAAUCCCAUUCAAAAAGAAUUUGAUAUCCCUGAUGACAUCUUCUCAUCUAUAUUAGAAGAUGUGGAGAAUGAGAUGUCAGAAGAGGAGUUGUCACAUACAGGACUUCCGCCCACGGAGGAAACCCCAGAUAUGGGGGAAAUAGGCAUGCAAGACCUGAUAAGCAUCCUUGGUGUAAGGUUAAAUAAUAACUUUCAAAACAUGGCAGGGGAGGAUCAGAAUAACAAUCCAAAUAUUAUCUUUCCUGGCCAGCAAAAUUUUACACCAGAAAUUAACCACUUUUGGCCAACUUAUAAUAUUGCACCAAACCUUCAACCUCCUAAUACUUUUGGUGGUAAUCUUGCUGCCAUGUUUGAUCCAUUAGCUAUGUAUGGCCCACCAAAUUUUUGUCCUUUCCAACAAUAAAGAUUUUAUACAUUCUGAGGGGUAUACUUAAAAUUUCAAGACUUGCAGUAAUUGACAGGAAGUACCGUAUCUAAAAAGUGAAGUGAUUUGCCUUCUUACCUGUUACUAGAAUUUAUGUACCCUUUGCAUGUUUUCUUCUCUGUUCUUGUAGUGAUAGCUCAUAAUUUUAGAAAAAAAAAAAUCUUUCACUUUCAGGUCUGGUGACCAUGGUCACCAAG